AUGUACUAUCUUGGUAGGAUAACCUCAUCUCACCAAGAACUAGUGCUGGCUCGUCGUCGCAGCCGCCGACGGCAUCGCCGCUAUUCGGCGCCAAAUAUCGUUAUGGGACAGCUACCUAUUCAUCAGCAACACCCUAGCUUCCAAUCAACAGUCAUGUACCAACCGGUGCUGUGCAAUCCUGGGGGGGUUCCUGUCCAUUAUCCCCUGGGACAUUUCUCUCCGGGUCGCUUACCUGCUCCGGGUCACUUACCUGCAGGUCAAGUUCCUCAGCCGCCAAUUCCCAUGGUCUACCCAGUUCCACCCUAUCAAUCUCGAAACCCUCAACGAAACUUCCAGCCCGAACCCCACCGUGGAGGCUCAGCUCGUAUCAGUUUGUCACCUUCAUCAAUGGGAUCGCCUCCACGGCAGCCAACCUGGAGACAACGGCUGAGUCGCGUAUUCGCACUUCCAGUAGGAAGGGUCUCCACGGUAGCAAGCUCCUCCGCACCUGGAACUCCUAUCCGCUCUAGAUCUCAAUCCACAGUCACACUUGAGAGGGGCGGGCAGACCACCCCCAGGUUAAGCUCUCGCUCAGUUCAAGAGCCGUCACACAAUCACCGCGGGAGGAUUUACUCUGUGAGUCCUACCCGGUCGGUCCGAACUCGCCAUACCUCUACUGCACAACAAAGCGAUGAGAGUGUGGUUCUUUCUCCGCGAACCGAUGUUGCAACUGUCCACAGUGACGACUUUGAACUACAGCCUACGCCAGUAUCUGCGGGCCAAGUGACACCCUCUUAUCACCUCCCAAUCACCGCUUCCGGAAAUGGGGCAGCAAACAGCAACAGCAGUUUCGAAAGCAACAUUUACUCAGAUGAUAGGCACUAUCUGCCAUCAGUCUCUUCAUGUCGGUCAGGAUGGAGCCCAGAUUCGAGAUCCAUCACGCCGGUGACAGGACAAACAGAUCCCAGUUUCAAGACAAACGAGGCAGAUAUACUGUCACAGCUUGCCUCUGCAGGCCAUUCGAAUGGGUAUACGACGCCACUGUAA